CGCUGAAGAAAAACAAAAUGGUAAACUGUCAGGAAAGGCAAAGUAAAGGAGAGCUACAAGGAGGCAGACCCUGAUAACAUAGCCUUCAAUAUAGCACACCGAUCGCAUUGAAAAGCAAAUCAGCUGUCAGCUGUCAGCCUCAUCUCAAAUUCAAAGUGAUAUCAAACAGCAGGAAUAAAAUGAAAAGCAACCUAAAGAAUGUUCUUGUCGUAAGCUUGGGAUUUUUCCUGCUUUUUACUGCUUUUGGAGGCCUUCAAAAUAUCCAAAGCAGUCUCAACAGUGAUGAUGGCUUAGGUGUGGCCUCAUUAGGUGUCAUCUAUGGUGCCCUCAUCUUUUCCUCUUUGUUCGUUCCAUCGCUUGUCAUAAAAUACCUUGGCUGUAAAUGGACCAUCACUGUCUCCAUGUGCUGCUAUGUUGCAUAUACCUUUGGCAAUUUCUAUGCAAGCUGGUACACACUUAUUCCGACUGCAGUAAUUCUUGGCCUUGGAGGUGCUCCGCUUUGGGCUGCUAAGUGCACCUACCUCACCAUUAAUGGUAACCUGUAUGCUAAGCAAUACAAGAAGAUUGGAAAAGAUGUAGUGAACCAGUACUUUGGGAUUUUCUUCUGUUUGUUUCAGUUUUCUUCUGUACUUGGAAAUCUAAUCUCUUCACUAGUAUUUCAACAAUAUUCUGCUGGAGAUGGUGAUAUUAGUGAAGAGACCUUAAAAUUCUGUGGAGCCUAUGAUUGCCCACAGAUAUCCAACAACUUCAGUUCCAAUAUAACAGUUGAGCGGCCUUCCAACAGCACCAUCUACACUCUUUUGGGGAUUUACUCUGCUGUCGGGGUGCUUGCAGUAAUUCUUGUUGCUGUGUUCCUGGAUGAGCUUGAUCAACAGGAGGUGAAGAGGUUUAGGGAGGAGAAGAUAUCAGUGUUGUCUGUGCUUCUGUCCACUGUGAAACAUUUGCGUGACAAGCGACAGUGUCUGCUCAUUUUGCUGACAAUAUACAGUGGUCUUGAACAGGGCUUCCUGUCAGGCGACUAUACAAAGUUUUAUGUCACUUGUGCCCUGGGAAUACAAUAUGUUGGUUAUUCAAUGAUCUGCUUUGGUGCCAGUAAUGCUAUUUUCUCCUUUCUUUGCGGAAAACUUGCUCAAUAUAUUGGGCGGAUUGUACUGUAUAUACUUGCAACUCUUACAAAUGUGGCAUUAAUUAUUGCAUUGUUACUAUGGAAACCACAGCCAGAGCAAAUGCCUGUGUUUUUCGUGUUCCCUGGCAUGUGGGGAUUCGUUGAUGCUGUUUGGCAGACUCAGACCAAUGCUCUUUAUGGAGAUCUAUUCAAUAAGAACAAAGAAGCUGCCUUUGCUAACUACCGACUGUGGGAAUCUGUGGGGUUUGUUAUAGCAUUCGCAUCCAGUAACUAUCUGUGUGUGUAUGUCAAACUGAGUGUCUUACUGGUGGUGCUGGUGAUCGGCAUAAUGCUGUAUGGUGUUGUGGAGUAUAUUGAGUUCAAGAAUUCCACUCCAGGUCUUGAGGAAAAAGAAUCCAUUCAGAUGGGUGAGAAGUCUGAAGCUGCCGGCACAGAUUAUGUGGAACCCAAGAUGAACAUUGAUGGAAGAGAAACUACAGCAGCAAUUGAGGACUCUGCGUUUGUAAAUCAGACAAAGCUAUAGCAAAAGAAUGCCCAUUGACUUAUAUUGUUGCCUCAGUAUGUAGGAAAGUCUGAGUUUUCUCAAAGGAUAGUCUGUACAUAUUUCUUUAAGCAAAUUAAAGCGUUUUUAUUG